UCUCACAAAGCUUUGGGGGUUAGAGAUAUUCCGCCAUGUUAGACCUAUCAUCAGAGUGCAUCGCUGAGGGAGGGAGGGCAUCGUCGGCUAGUCACACUGAGAGAGAGAGAGAGAGAGAGAGAGAGAGAGAGAGUUCAUGCUCCUGUUUUGAAGGUCGGAGGAGAAGGUGGUUUUGUCGUGCAUUGGUGGUAGAUCUCAUUUUCGAGGCGGAUUAGGUCGCUAAAUUUCGUGCUCUGCUUCAGCGAUCUAGCGUAGUCGGAUUGAAUUUGUCAUUUGGUUUGACAAAUUUCAAGUUGCAUCUCUAUAACCGCUUAUUGAUUGAAGGGAGGAAAUCGGACGGUUUUGGAUUGUAGUUGUAGUGUUAGAUGUUACUUGAACGUGCUGCACUGAGCUUUUGCGGAGGACAUUGACUUUUGAGCUGGUGUUACAAUGAAGUAUGCUCGGACCAGACAGCAUGCAGCCGCCACAGCAAUUCAAGCAGCCUAUCGUGGCUAUGCUGUGCGUCGCACUAAACCUCUAAAGCAUCUACGAAUUAUUAAGAGUGUGCGGACUGAACUCCAGAGACUUGAGUACCAGCUUGCAUCUGACCCUCGACUGCUCGAAUCGCUGCGUAAAGACCCCGCAGAGAGACUGAAAUGGAGCGAGGGAGCCAUGGCUCUCCUGUUGCAGCUGGACUCCAUGCAAGGAGUGCACCCCGUGGUUCGUGACAACCGAAAGACUCUGACUAAAGAAGUUAUUUCGUACCAAGAGUAUCUUGACUCUACGGGUAAAGCAGGUUUCGGUGCUAGAGAUCAAGCAAAACAUGGUGCUGCACCUCCGGUACCACCUGCUAAACCGCACAUGCCGUAUAUCCACAAUGCUGGUCAGGCACCGCCACAGAGUGUACCUGUUUAUGGUCAACAGUCAUAUCCUACAGCAAAUCCACCUUCUUAUUCUCCAACGAAUGUAUCAUAUAGUCAGUGGCCACAGGGAUAUAAUCCUCAGAGUCAUGUACCAUAUGUUUCAACGGGUUCAGGCCGCACGCAACCAGUCGGUUCAGUACCUCCUAAGACCGCAUAUCCCGGUCCCAUACCUCCUCCAACUCAGUACUCUGGGCAAUCAGAGAAUUUUUACCCUACUGCAGGCAAUUCCCGCUAUGAGUAUGAUGCGCGGUUCCCCCCAGGUACAGAACCCGAUGUAAUAGAUUUGUUCAGAAGAGCGGAUGUUGACGGAAGUGGAGCUAUUGAUACUUUGGAGCUGCAAAGGAUUCUGUCGUUAAAGUUCUUCAAUUUUAGUCGCAAAACUGUGCGCCUCAUGCUUCAUCUUUUUGCAGAUGACACUACUUCAAGUUCCAAACUUGGACCAGAAGCAUUUGCGAAGCUGUGGAAAGAACUAAGAAAAUGGCAGCGAGUCUUUAAAACCUUUGAUCACGACAACAGUGGUAGUAUUGAUCUGCCUGAGCUAAGGGAAGCUAUGCUAAGCCUGGGCAUCGGGGUCACUCCACAGGUGCUACAGCUUCUUGUUUUUAACUAUGAUCGCAGUGGCAUGAACUCCAGCAUAGCAUUUGGCGACUUUAUUGAGUGUGGGUUGAUCGUAAAAGGCUUGACAGAAAAAUUCAUUUUACACGAUCCCCAAUACACAGGAGCUGCUAGAAUUGACUAUCAGGCAUUUAUGAUGAUGGUCUUACCUUUCAUCGUAUCCUGACUUUGCAACUUUGCGCACAUUAGUGGAGUUUUGAUGCCGUGAAUGCCUUUCAGAAUGAGAUUGAGAACCUGAACUAGUAAUUGGUCACAGGCUAUUCUGUAUCAAUACCGGGCUCCCCAAGUGGCUCAGCCAAUUAUUUUACCUAUGCACCCAUCUGUACACUGUAGGAGCAAUGGAUUUGUGACAGUUUAUCGUCAAAUGACGUUGAUGCCACAUCUUUUCAUAUGGUGGGAUUGUUCUGGUGAUGCUGAUGAAUUCAUGAAGCUUCUCUA